AUGGAGGACUUUCUGCUCUCCAAUGGGUACCAGCUGGGCAAGACCAUUGGGGAAGGGACCUACUCAAAAGUCAAAGAAGCAUUUUCCAAAAAACACCAAAGAAAAGUGGCAAUUAAAGUUAUAGACAAGAUGGGAGGGCCAGAAGAGUUUAUCCAAAGAUUCCUCCCUCGGGAGCUCCAAAUCAUCCGUACCCUGGACCACAAGAACAUCAUCCAGGUGUAUGAGAUGCUGGAGUCUGCCGAUGGGAAAAUCUGCCUGGUGAUGGAGCUGGCUGAGGGAGGGGAUGUCUUUGACUGCGUGCUGAAUGGGGGGCCACUGCCUGAAAGCCGGGCCAAGGCCCUCUUCCGUCAGAUGGUUGAGGCCAUCCGCUACUGCCAUGGCUGUGGUGUGGCCCACCGGGACCUCAAAUGUGAGAACGCCUUGUUGCAGGGCUUCAACCUGAAGCUGACUGACUUUGGCUUUGCCAAGGUGUUGCCCAAGUCACGCUGGGAGCUGAGCCAGACCUUCUGCGGCAGUACAGCCUAUGCUGCCCCCGAGGUGCUGCAGGGUAUUCCCCACGAUAGCAAAAAAGGUGAUGUCUGGAGCAUGGGUGUGGUCCUGUAUGUCAUGCUCUGUGCCAGCCUACCUUUUGACGACACAGACAUCCCCAAGAUGCUGUGGCAGCAGCAGAAGGGGGUGUCCUUCCCCACUCAUCUGAGCAUCUCGGCCGAUUGCCAGGACCUGCUCAAGAGGCUCCUGGAACCCGAUAUGAUCCUCCGGCCUUCAAUUGAAGAAGUUAGUUGGCAUGCAUGGCUAGCAAGCACUUGAUAAAAGCAAUGGCAAGUGCUCUCCAAUAAAGUAGGGGGAGAAAGCAAACCCAAAAA